AUGGGUGUCUGCCUUGGUUUCGCGAGCAUGAACUUCCAUUCCAUACUCACAGACCUCUUCGGCGCAUCUUUGAUGAGCAGCAAUCCUCACCAGGAAGUUGUCGAUGACUUCGAUGUAAGGAGACACGGCGGUGGUAUGGGCGUCUGGCUAGGUAUCUGGACGUGGUGCUACAUUGCUUCUCUCGGCUUUGGAUUUUUGAUCGGCGCAGCGGUGAUUGACCAGCUUCAACCAGCCUGGGGGUUCUACAUCAGCAUCAUCCUCGUGGCUGUGGUCCUGUUGUUAAACACCCUUUGUCCCGAAGUACGCCGCUCCGCCUUCAGAAGAUCAGUCGUUGAAGUCAGAACCGGUUCUGAUAUCACUCGGCGCGUUGCUCGGGGUGAGAUCAUGAUGCACCGUGUCAAAACCGGCCCAAGAUGGUGGGGGCAGGAGCUGUAUCAUGGAGUCGCUCUUUGUUUCGAAAUGCUACGACAGCCCGGAUUCGUAGUCAUUGCGGUUUACUCAGGCUGGAUAUACGCUCAAGUUGUUCUCGUCAUCGUCUUACUGGGUUCACUAUCUUCAAGGUUUUAUCGAAUGCGUUCUCCAUACGUCGGGCUCAUGGUUGCUGCGAUGGCAUUCGGGGCUGUAAUUGCAAUACCCUUCCAAAAGGCGAGCUAUUUUUCCAGGGCAAGACACACACAAGUCAACACCAGCCGCUUGACGUUCGACAAGCAAAUCACAUGGACAUCGCAUCUCCUCCGCCGCUCCGUGUUCGCCAUCGGUCUCCCUCUGGCAGGUCUUGUCUACACCUUGGUAUCCACAGGCCCACCGAUGCAUCCUAGUGCUCCCGCCAUUGUUGCUGCUGCGAUUGGCUUUCUUUCAUGUCUGGCAAUCUCGGAAUGCAACGGACUCAUUAUGGAAACGUUUGAUACUUCAGAUCUUCAACCUGGGAUGAUGGGCCGUCUACCAGGCAACUCUGACAUCGCCCGAAAAAAGAAGAACUAUUCAGCCUACCCUCGUGUCACCGCCGGGUUCGCCGUCUGCCAUACUCUGGGAUUCAUGUUUGCAGCUGGGGCCACCGCACUCGGCGGCAUGGCGCAAAGGAACCUGGGUCAGAGGGCAGCUACUGGAGUGGUUGCCGGUAUCUUGUUUGUUUUUACAGUCAUGCUGUUGCUAGCUCUGGCUCGCUUCAAAGAGGUUGUCAUUAUUCCCGAGAGCAAAACUGAAGAGAUGGACAAGUGGACUGCCGCCCGAAGACAAUCUAUUAGACGCCGUGACUCACUACCCGCCGGUACAGUCGACGACAAAGAUAUCAUCGCCGGAGAAGAGCCAUGGCGUCCUUUUAUCGUUGGGAAUCCCACCAGCAAGACGCGACGAGUCAACGUGCUCGAGCUGGGCAGCAUGUCGCGCUUCACCGAGAUCAGAAAGAGGAACAAACUCAUUGAUGAUAACCAGCAUCUCAAUCGAGCCGCGCUAGAUGCUGGACUGGAUGCUCUAGAUGACCAGAUCAGCGACAUCAUGAGUGACAUCGUCAGUGAUGCCAAAGAUCUCGUGGGAGGAAACAGCCAACCGAGCCAGCGCACUUCUCGCUCGCGGCGGAAUCAUCGAAGUGCCACAAGCGAGGGGAGUGGCCAUUCAUCUAUUGAGAUGACUUCAAUGGAUGACAGACCGUCACUCAGCGGUCAUCGUCAAAGAGCCCCACCUGAUAUCUAUAAUAAGCGAGAGUGUCUUCGGGGCCAGAUGGUGAAGGAGGAAUGA